GUGCAGCCGCUCCUCCGCCCGGCCGCGAUUGGUCGGGGCCAGUCCCCGCCCGCCGCGGCCCGCGGUCGCUUCGCUCCGCACGACGCCUGCCGCAAUCACAGCGGCCGCGGCGGAGACAGCUCCGCCGGCAGGGCGGGAUUUUUUUUUUUCCUCUCAUUUGUGGAGUGAAUAAAGAGAAGAGAUGAUACUGAAGGUGGUUGUGCUGUUGGGCUGUGCUCUGGGCAUCAGCACAUUCCCCAUGGAAGACCCUGAAGAUGGAGGAAAGCACUGGGUGGUGAUUGUUGCAGGCUCAAACGGGUGGUACAACUACCGACACCAGGCAGACGUGUGCCAUGCAUACCAGAUUGUACACCGGAAUGGAAUUCCAGAUGAACAGAUCGUUGUUAUGAUGUAUGAUGACAUUGCUGAUAAUGAAGAAAAUCCAACAAAAGGCAUUGUCAUCAAUAGACCUAAUGGCACAGAUGUGUAUGCUGGAGUGCCCAAGGACUAUACAAAGGAGGAUGUUACUCCAAAGAAUUUCCUUGCUGUUCUCAGAGGAGAUGUGGAAGCAAUGAAGGGAGUGGGAUCAGGAAAAGUAUUGAAAAGUGGUCCCAAAGAUCAUGUGUUUGUUUAUUUCACUGACCAUGGAGCUCCAGGACUUCUGGCUUUUCCUGAGGAUGAUCUUCACGUGAGGGACUUGAAUAAGACUAUUUGGUACAUGUAUCAUCACAAAAAAUACCAGAAGAUGGUGUUUUACAUUGAAGCAUGCGAGUCUGGAUCUAUGAUGAAUCAUUUGCCUGAUAAUAUCAAUGUUUAUGCAACAACAGCUGCCAAUCCCAGAGAGUCAUCUUACGCAUGUUACUACGAUGAGGAAAGGCAGACUUAUCUGGGUGACUGGUACAGUGUGAAUUGGAUGGAAGAUUCAGACAUGGAGGAUCUGAGAAAAGAAACACUCCACAAGCAGUUUCAGCUUGUAAAGAAACGCACCAACACCAGCCACGUGAUGCAGUAUGGAAACAGAAGCAUCUCCUCCAUGAAAGUGAUGCAGUUUCAGGGCACGGGGAAGAAAGCUGCCCCCGUUUCUCUGCCACCUGUAGAACACUAUGACCUGACUCCUAGUCCUGACGUGCCUCUUGCGAUCUUGAAACGAAAGCUGAUGGCUACCAAUGACUUGUACGAGGCUAAGAAGAUUGCUGCAGAGAUGAAGGCACACCUGGAGGUGAAAGAAUUUAUCCAAGAAUCCACGCGGAAGAUCAUCACCUUAGUAACAGGAUCAAAAGAACAGACCGACAAAAUUCUGUCAGACAGAGUGACCAUCAGCAAUUACGACUGCUACGAGUCAGUGGUGAACCACUUCAAAGCUCGUUGCUUCAACUGGCAUUUACCCUUGUAUGAGUAUGCACUGAGACAGCUGUAUGCCUUGGUCAACGUUUGUGAAGGAGGAUACCCCAUCGACAGAAUAUGCCUGGCCAUGGAUCAAGUGUGCCUUUGGCACUGAUGGAAACAACACACCUUACUAUAGCCCUAACUACAAGUGAUAACUUUUCAUAACUGUAAUAAUCCAGACUUUACAUGCAUGCAACAAGAAGAGAGUCAACCGCUGUACUGGGCCUGUGCUGGGAGCUGGGGCUGCUGACCAUGAGCACUCGCCAGUGCUCUCCUCUCCAUCCCCGCCUGCUGACAGCCCCCGGUUUGACAGCGGCAUUUUGGCAGAGCACCCGGAGCCUUCAAGAUGGGUGAUUUGUUUCAAAGCACGAUGCUUUUAAAAAUCUCUGGAUGAACACUACAAACCACCUAUCAGUGAUUGCUAAACCUAUGCUAAAUUGAAACAUUAAGUCAUUAAUUCUGGAUUUUUUUCUAUACUGUUGCUAACUAUUAGCUUUUUAAAAAAGUUAAUGAAGUUCAUUACAAUGACUGGUUUGCAGACUGGUUGAAGAGUGAAAAAAACAAAGGUUAUUCCUUAAGCUUUAACUCCUUAACAGUUUAAAGAAAUGAAUUGCAUUCAAGAACUAUCGGGCGUGAACAGCAGAGUUAAAACUGUGAACAGUAAAAUUCUUUGUGGGUAGAAAGCACUGUUUCCCAAAGAAAAACACGAAUAUCUAAUGCUGUAAAUUUAGCACCAGUAUGAUAUAAUUAAAUGUAUAUACACACAAACCUGUGGGAAGUCAUGGAGUACAGGAAUCGCCUGUGAAAAAUAAUAAAGUUGACAGUUUCAUCAACCUACAGGGCAA